CUGUCAGCAGCACAAACCCAGGAUCAGACGUGUUCCCGUAAAGGCAUUCCGAGGAUUCCUUGUGCUCCUUCCUGUUUACCUGUCCAACAGGUGUAGCCGGCUCUAGGAGAGAGCCAUCCAUGGUCAUCUAUGGGUGAGUGUCUGCGUAAAGCUUGCCCAUGUCUGAACGAACUGUGGGAGAGGAUUUUCAGCGAUAAAAAAGGAGGAGGAGGAGGAGGAGGAGAAGAUGACGACCCCAGUCAGCCGAGAACACCGAGUCCAAACCCACCACCGGACCCAGUGCCGGACAAAGGCUCCGUCUACACGGCGCUGUGGCCUUUUGAAUCCCGGCACCCGGACGAGCUGUCCUUCCAGGACGGAGAUCUGUUCAGUGUUAUCGACCGCAGCGGAGACUGGUGGACCGCGAGGAAGAUCGCAAAGAACGGGUGCAUCCUCGAGACCGGGAUCGUGCCAAGAAACUACCUGGACCGGGCCGAGUCCCUAAAAAUGCAACCGUGGUAUUUUGGAAAAAUGAACCGCUUUCAGGCCCAAGGCCACCUGCUGGGACCGGGAAAUGACAAUGGAGCUUUCCUUGUCCGACAAAGUGAGAAAGACCACAUUGGAUACGUUCUUUCAGUGAGGUCAAGCAGUCAGGUGAAGCAUUUCAAGAUCCUCAAAGCCAAUGAAAGUUCUUUUCACGUGGAGUACAACCACCAAUUCACCUCUCUGAUCAACUUGGUGGAGUACUACUGCGCCAACAGCCUGACCAUCAUCGGCACACUGGGAAACCCGUGCAAGAGGAAAAAGCCCAACAUCCAAGAUUUGAAUCAUUUUACAGUGGAUGAGUGGGAGCUCCCUAAAGAGGAGUUCACCCUGGAGGAUGAGCUGGGCAGUGGAUACUUUGCUGACGUCUUCCGGGGACGAUGGAAAAAUCACAUUAAUGUUGCCAUCAAGAUCAUCAAAAGUGACUCGGAGAUGAACCACCGAGAAUUUCUGAGGGAAGUUCAGAUCCUGAAGAGUCUACGCCAUCGUCACCUCAUCUCUCUGUUUGCUACCUGCACGGCCUCAGCCCCCUACUACAUCAUUACUGAGCUGAUGGAGAAAGGCAGCCUGCUCAGUUUCCUCAGAGGUCCAGAGGGGCAGAAUCAAGACAUUGCAUCACUAAUUGACAUGGGUGCCCAGGUGGCUGAUGGGAUGGCAUACCUGGAGGAGCAGAACAGCAUCCACAGAGAUUUGGCGGCUCGAAAUGUCCUGGUGGGUGAGGACUAUAUCUGUAAGGUGGCUGACUUUGGAUUGGCCAGAGUGAUCAAGGAGCCGUUCUACGUCACAGAAGAUAAAAAGAUUCCCUACAAGUGGAGUGCUCCUGAGGCCAUCAGCCAUGGGAAGUUCUCCAACAAGUCAGACGUCUGGUCUUUUGGUGUCUUGCUCUAUGAAAUUUUGACCUAUGGAGGCACUCCUUACCCAGGCUUGAGCAACCACGAAACAUACCAGCAGGUUACCAAAGGGUACAGGAUGCCAGCUCCAGCCAAGUGUCCCGAGCCGCUCUACAAAAUCAUGCUGAAAUGUUGGAGUGCAGAGCCCGCGGACAGGCCAGACUUUAAGUCCCUCAAGGUAAAACUGGAUGGAUCCUACGAGAUGGAAUGACCGCUACCCUCCAAAACCUGCAGUGCAAACUAUGCACCACAAAGAGUCUGACACUUAGCCGGGAUUGCGACAGUUUUCACUGAGGACUCUUCCUUAAAUGGAAACUAAAAUGAUUUGACAGGCUCUUGCAUAGAAAUACUUGAUUGUAUUAUUGCAAUGUGCAAAAUUGCAAAGCCUGAUGUACUUUGUUCAUUCUAUCCGGCCAAUUGAUUAUUUCCAUUAUCCAUUAAUCUGAUGAUUUGUGUAGUAAUUGAACCAAAAAUGCAAAUAUUUCUCUGCUUCUUGCUUGUACAAUGUCAGAAUUUGCAAAUUAGUUCAGUCUUCUGUGAUAAACUAAAGUCUCUUUGGGUUUUGGUCCAAUGGUAGGACAAACAAAGACGUUUAAAUAUGUUAACUUAGGUUUUUGACGCUCAAGACAAAAACUCUGGAACCAAAGAGAGCUGCUCUACAAGAAAGAAAGACUUCAGAGAUUAAGCAGGUAUUAAAAUAGCUGCUGAUGAAUGUAUCUUUUUGAUUCUAAAAGUGAGAAAUAUAUAAUGCCAUGUGUGUUGGGAUUCAUAUAGAUGGGGUUGAUAUUCACCAACUGAAUAUUUGAGAUUAAUGUGAAUUUUGAAUAUAUGCUUCAUUUUGCCUCUUGUCACCAUUUUAAAGAAUACUUCAAAAUUAGUAUUUGUUUAUCAGUUACUCCCCCUCUGUUACCUUGAACUCCUGAGGAUAACUGUGAAAAGUCUUGAUGAAUGAUGAAUUGAAGUAGAUAGGAGCCGGGUUUAACAACAGCAAAACUUUAUACAAAACAUUGGUUUACAAACUCUCAUACAACCCAUUCAGUAUUUAUCCAGGGAGAUGCUCAAUACUUCCCAAACACAUGCAUCUUUGCUUAAAGCAGCGUGCCUGAGCAAGCCUGACACAGUAGUGGCAGAAGCAUUAUGUUUUCGCGAAGAUGCAUGUGUUUCGGUGGUGAGCUUAUGACUGGAUAAACGAGAUUUAGUGUACAAGUUGUAUAAAAGUUUGUAAACUGAUGUUUUGAUAUCGUUUAGCUAUGGCGCUUCCUAUCACUUCACAUGAUCUUCACCAUAAAGAAAUAGUUUGGUGGAGGCCAAAGAUAAACAUUGCAAAUGGAAAUGUGACUACUACACAACCGGGCUGACACGCAACAUCUGCUGAUGAAGAUCAUGUGAUCAAAAGCCACGCAAAGGGGGCUACUAAAGGGACUCUGAGCUGAGGUUGUUUUGUCUCGAUUGAAUUUGAGUAAAAUCAAAGUAAAGCAAAUGUGAUAUACAGCUCCAACUAUUAAUGUUGAGUCACAACAACCUCAAAACAUUUAUAAAGCUUUAAACAAACUCACUUUACUUUAUUUCUAACUUGUUUAUAAACUCAAUGCUAUACUAUCAGCUGCAAUGUUAAGUUUUGGCCAGGGAGGGGCAGCACACUCACAUUCAUUCUUUCUAGUUGAGGUUUUACUGCACAAAUUAGUCAAAAUGUAUGUCUUUUCCUACAGCUCAUACCCCAGCACAGUUCACAUGACUCCCUUGCCCUGUCUUGCAUCAGUGACAUAGAUUAUCAGGACACAAACAAUGUGAUCCACUGACUCUUGUCCUGAGCAAUUCAUUUUAUUCAGAUUAGAGGGAGGUCUGAAAAGAUUGCCUAAUUUAAUUAUGCUUUCCUUAUAAGAUAAGAUAAGAUAAUCCUUUAUUAGUCCCGCAGCGGUGCAAUUUGCAAAUUUAUCUGUUAAUUAUCUUGCAAACCUUAAAAAUGAAUCUUGAGACAGCUUGUUGGGGGUCCCAAUCCCCAGGUUAAGAACAAUUAGUAAAGAUAUAAAUCAGAGAUACACCGAUACCAAUGCUAAUAUUGGAUAUAGAUCCAAUACUGAAAUAACUUGAUCGGUUAUAAGUGACAAUGAUCUGGUAUUAGAUACCAUUAUCUAAAUAAAAAACAAUUUAGUACAUUUAUGUGUAUGUUUUUUUAUUACAUUUUGUUUUCCAGGGUUACGAAAGCAAUGUUUAAGUCAAGCCUGAUGUUGCCGUAUACAUUAAAGAAUAAUCCCAGUCAUUUUUUUAUGUGACAUGGAUUAUAACGAACAGCCCAAAAGUUUUGGAAAAAUGAUGCACAAUGCACAUGUCAACAAAGUUUUAAAAAGUUGUCCCCUCCAGUCAGCUGGG